ACCUGGCAUGAGUUUUACUAAGCUUCUUAAGUUUAAGAUUUCAUCGUAACCGUAAGUUACGAUGAAUAUCUGUUUUACCAAACUUCUUAACUUUAAGUUACGUCAAAAAUAUCAUCGUAACUUACGACAGCCUAUGGGCUACUCUAAGUUAAGAAUUUUUCGUAUUUUUCUAAAUAAAUGAAUAAAAAUGGCCGCCUGCUUAUUGUUUAUUGAAGUUUUAAGAGAAAAUGAAGACAAGGCUUUGCGUCGUGAACGCGUUUUCAGAGACAGGAGUCAAGUUCUAGAUAUGUUGACCGACAGCGAGCUCAUUGGGCGAUAUAGAUUUCCAAGGCGAGUUAUUCUGCAGCUGACAGACGAUGUCAAAGACUUCAUACAGCCACAAACUUUGAGGUCGCAUGCCAUUCCAGCCCACAUCCAGGUUCUAACAUGCUUGCGUUUCCUGGCUAAAGGAGACUACCUCUCAGAAACAACAGACAUUCAUGGGAUCUCCAAAUCAUCUGGUUGUCUGGCUGUUCAUCGAGUGGUCGAUGCUGUCUGCAAAGCUUUGCAGAACAUCGAGUUCCCUACAAGUAGGGAACACAUUUCACGUAUCAAAGCGUCGUUCUACAAGAUUGCUGGGUUCCCAAAUGUGAUUGGUGUCAUCGACAGGACUCAGAUACCCAUACAAGGCAUGGGAACAGAUGACGAACACCUGUAUGUCUGCAGAAAGGGUUUUCAUUCCAUAAACGUGCAAGCGGUUGUAGACGCAGAUUUAAGGUUCACAAAUGCCGUCUGCAAAUUCCCAGGAGCAACCCAUGAUGCGUUCAUUUUGCAAAACAGCUCCUUGCCAAAUUUGAUUGAAAGCCUUCAGGAUGGAGGUUGGCUGAUAGGCGAUUCGGGUUAUCCCCUUAAAGAGUGGCUGAUGACUCCUAUCAGCAACCCGAGGAGUGGACAAGAAGAGCGGUACAAUUCGGCUCACUGUCGUACUAGAAAUGCUAUUGAAAGGGCAUUUGGUGUGCUUAAAGCGCGUUUCAGGUACGUCACCUUUUAAUCAAAAUAUCAAAUUUAAUUCAGAUCAGGAAAUGGUGUAUUGAAAAAAAAGGAUUUUCUUCUAAAAGAGUGAAAAGCCUAAAACAUUUCAAACUUAUAAAUCAACAGGUGCUUGCACAAAACUGGAGGAUGCUUGCCUUAUAGACCAGACAAAUGCACGAAAAUAAUUGAAUGUGCUAUGAGGCUACACAACUUGGCCAUAAAUGAGAGGGUGCCUCUCAUGGUAGAAACUGAGGAAGAAGAUGAUGUCCAGCAACCAUUUGCUCCAGUUAUCCCCAACAAUUGUACUGCAGCAAUGCUGAGAGAUAGACUUGUACAAAGAUUUUGAAGAGGAGAUAACGACAAAGACAAUGGUUGAGAAUUUCCAGACUGGUGCAUGGAGUUGCUUAUGGAUUCAACUGCAAUGGUGCUUCUGCGUUGUAGUUCAAGCAUUUCUUCAAGAAUCUUGAUUUUUC